AUGGGUGAUGAUGCAGUAACUGUAACUGACAAUAACAACCAUGAAAAUAACAACAAUCAUCAAAGUAUUAUGAUAGAAUUAUAUCCGCUGAGUAGUUAUUACUUUGGAUCCAAAGACCCUAUUGCUUUCAGGGAUGAGACUGUAGCUGACCGUGUCCAAAGAAUGAAAUCCAACUUUAAUGCUCGUGGACUGAGGACUUCUGUGCAGGCUGUUAUGCUGGUUGAGCUGUUCAAACAUCCCCAUCUAUUGCUAUUGCAAGUAAGAAAUGCUACCUUUAAGCUACCUGGUGGUCGAUUAAGGCGAGGCGAAUCAGAUAUUGAUGGAUUGGAACGUAAGCUGUCAAGAAUGCUUUCUGUGAAUGAAGAUGAAACCGAUCACUGGGAGGUGGGAGAUUGCCUUGGAAUGUGGUGGAGGUCUGACUUUGAAACCUUGCUGUAUCCAUAUAGGCCCCCUAAUGUCAAAGUGCCUAAGGAAUGCAUUAAACUCUACCUUGUAAGGUUACCAGUGAGUCGAAAGUUCAUUGUACCGAAGAACCUUAAACUGCUUGCAGUUCCUUUAUGCCAAGUUCACGAAAAUCACAAGCUAGUUGAAGGUGGUCUGAUCAAGUUAACAGUUAUGCAAGGAAGACAGACAGAGGAGCCAAAUCCCAAGAGCAAGAGGUUGAGAUAA